GUGUGUGUGUGUGUGUGUGUGUGUGUGUGUGUGUGUGUGUGUGUGUGUAAGCUGUGGGUGCCCGGGUCGGAUUCGCGGAUGGGCUGAUAAUGAGCAGGGGCUACAGAGAGAUGCAAAGCCUCCACCACCCACUCCCCGCUCUGCGCGCUCCCAGCUCUGCGCUCUCCCCGCCCUGGCAACUAAACGCCUAGCACCAGCCGGGAGCUGCAGGAUGGAGGAGGAGCUGGCUUGGGAGACCCACGGCUUGCUUCCCCUGGAGAGACAGCUCCAUGAGGCCUCCCGCUGGAAUCAGGUGGAGAGGAUGAAGGAGCUGUUUGAGAAGAGAGUUAACAUCAGGGCUAGAAACCAUGUGGGCAGAGUGGCCCUACACUGGGCUGCAGGUGCUGGGCACGAGCAGGCUGUGCGGCUGCUCCUGGAGCGUGGGGCUGCUGUGGACGACGUGGACUCGUUUGGAAUGAACUCACUCCUCCUGUCUGCCUGGUUUGGCCACUUGCAGAUUGUGCAGAUCCUGGUCAAUGCUGGGGCCAAGGUCCACUGUGAAAGCAAGGAUGGCCUGACCUUACUACACUGUGCUGCUCAGAAAGGCCACGUGCCUGUGCUGGCCUUCGUCAUGGAAGACCUAGAGGAUGUGGCCUUGGACCAUGCAGACAAGCUGGGAAGAACAGCGUUUCACAGAGCGGCUGAGCACGGACAGCUGGAUGCUCUGGACUUCCUCGUGGGCUCUGGCUGUGACCACAGUGUCAAGGACAAGGGUGGGAACACGGCCCUGCACCUGGCUGCCAGCCAGGGCCAUGUGGAUGUGCUACAGAGACUUGUGGACAUUGGGCUCGAUCUGGAAGAACAGAACACGGAGGGCCUGACGGCUCUGCAUGCAGCCGCUGAAGGGAUCCAUGCUGACUGUGUGAUGCUUCUCCUCGGUGCUGGGAGCAACGUGAAUGCCCUCACCCAGAAAAGGCUGAGCUGCCUCCACUACGCAGCCCUCGGUGGCUCUGAGGACCUGUCCCGGGCACUCAUUAAGGCAGGAGGGUGCACAAAUGUGGCUGACAAGCAGGGCACCACUCCUAUGCACCUUGCUGUGAAGCACAACUUCCCUGGCCUUGUCCAGCUCCUCAUAGAUGGCCACAGUGAUCUGGACGCAGUGGACAUUAGGCGGCAGACUCCCCUCCACCUUGCCGCUGAGCACGCCUGGCAGGAUGUAGCCGAUAUGCUUCUCAUUGCUGGAGCUGACUUAAGCCUGAGAGAUAAGCAAGGAAAAACAGCCCUGGCAGUAGCUGCCCGUAGCAACCAUGUCAGCCUGGUGGACAUGAUCAUAAAAGCUGAUCGUUUCUACCGAUGGGAGAAGGACCACCUUUCAUGCAGGGAUGGCAGCGACGUCUCUAGGAAGAACUUAACCUUUAAGCAAGACCAUCGUCAGGAAACGCAGCAGCUCCGCUCCGUGCUUUGGCGACUGGCCUCCCGGUAUCUAAGGCCCAAUGAGUGGAAGAAACUGGCCUAUUCCUGGCAGUUCACGGAGGCUCAUGUCUGUGCCAUUGAGCAACAGUGGACAGGAACUAGGAGCUACCAGGAGCAUGGUCACCGGAUGCUGCUCAUCUGGCUGCAUGGUGUGGCCGCAGCUGGGGAGAACCCCAGCAAAGCACUGUUCGAGGGCCUCGUGGCCAUUGGCAGGAGAGACUUGGCUGAAAGCACCAGGAAUAUGGCUAACGGUGAGCCCACGGCCCCCAGGAGGUGCACAGCCAUGUGAGCUUCGGGAACACCUGGAGAUCACCUGCACAGACUAGGAUGCCUCUGAGGGCUUCCAGAGCAGUCCCUGCACACAGACUUCCAGCUGCCACCACUGAACCAUAGAGUCCAGCAGAAAACACUAGUACUUUCUGAAGGAUGGGCUGUGGUUCUAUUCUAGGUUUUCUGGGUCAUCCUGUCCCAGGAGUGUGGCCCUUUCUAGCUCUCAGCUUAUUUUGUUGUGUUCGUGAGGGUGCAUGGGUGUGUGGAGGCCAGAGGACACUUGGUGGGUAUUCCUCCCCAGGCUUUGUCCAUCUUGGGGUUUGUUUGUUUUGAGACAGUCUCUCUAUAUGUUUCCAGCAGUCCUGGAAUACUUAUGGUUUUGAGGCAAGGCCUCUCAUUGGCCUAACUAGACUGACUGGUCAGUGAGCCCAUUGAUCCUCCUGCUUUGCCUCUCUAGUCCUGGGCUUACAAGUGUGUGCCACUGUGCCCUGGUUUUUAUGUGGGUUUUGAAGGUCAAACUCAGUUCCUCAGGUUGCAUGGCAAGCACUGUACCAACUGAGCUGUCUCCCCAAGCCUCUUGGUUUAUUUUUCACUUCCAUGGUCUUAGAACACCAUGAAGCACCCCUGAGAUGCAAGGGGUGUCUUUACAGCCUAGGGCACUGAGGUCCAGGGAGGAAAAACAGCUUGCUCAGCCAUUCCACAAAUCAAGUGAUGUCAAACCAGCAGCCCUCCAACCCCAGCCUGCAGGAAGGGCCUCAUUCAUUGGAACUGGACUGUCCUCAACUCAUCAAGCACAGCUUAGGGUUCUCUAGCGCUAAGCAGACGGGAGCUGUGGUGCUGAUUCCACAGCGGUUUGCAUUUGUCUACACGGAGAGCCCAGGAGGCACACACUCCCCUGUUCUUCCCUCUAAUCAGGUAACUGGUUAUAUAAUGGGAUCUAUAACUUUUUUAAGGUUUUGAUCUUUUUUUUUUUUGUCUUGAAGUCACUUCAGACUUCCAAAAAUCACAAAAUAGCACUGAGAAUGUUUAAGUGUUCUGCACACAGCAUCUCUAAACAUUAACUCUUGCUUAACUACAGUGUGGAUUUGUAACACCAGGAAGUUAGAGGUAGGAGAGGAGGCUCAGUGGUGGAGAGCACUUGUUCUUGCACAGGACCCUGAGUUUAGUUCCCUGCACCUAUGAGACAGCUUAGAGUCAUCUGUGACCCCAAGUGAUCUGACACUCUCUUCUGGCCUCCAAUGUCACUGCCUAUAUGCGUGUGUGCAUGUGCAUGUGUGUGUGGGUGUGCAGGCAAACAUAUAUAUAAAAUCUUUUCUAAAAUUUAGGAAAUUAACAGUUUACAAACUACUCAUUAAUCAGAUUUUGUCAAUGUUAUGUCACCUCCUGGGUUAAAAUCUGGCCUCGGAUCACAGAUUACAUUUAGACAUUUUAGUUGCUAUUGUAUUUCUUUGGUGCUGGGGACUGAACCCAGGGUCUCACAUAUGCUAAAUACCUGUUACACCUCUGAGCUUACAACUUUGGUCUUUGCUUUUUUUUUUUUUUUUUUUUUUUUUUUUUAGAUAGGGUCUCACCAGGUAGCCCAAGCAGGCCUCCAACUUGUGACUUUCCCACUCCAGCCUCCCAAAUAUGGGGAUUACAAGGCAUACACCACCAAACUCCCCUGCCAUAGCAGUUACCCAUUUAUUGUGUGUGUCACUCCUACAGAGGUCAGAGGAUAAGCUGGCAGAGUUAAUUCUCUCCCUUGAGCUUAUGGGUCCUGGGGUUGGAGGAGGCAGGUCAUCAGACUUGAUGGCAAACACUUUCGCCCACUGAGUCAUCUCCUGGGUCCCUCUUUCCUCUCUUAAAAGAUCUUAGAUUGAAAAUUUUUAUUUUAUGUCUAUGUUUUGCAUGCUUGUAUGUAUGCACACAUACGUGGUUGGUACCCUAAGGGGUCAGAACUGGAGUUCCAGAGCUCAUGAGCCACAACGUGUGGGUUUUGGGAACUGAACCCAGGUCCUCUGCAAAAGCAACAAAGUAUCCUUAACUGCAGCACCAUCUCUCAGCCCCUCAGCCCCUCUUAAAUAGUCCGUGAGAAGGCUCUGGGGCAGCAUGCCCAGUUAAACAUGCUGAAUGGACAGGGAUAUUUCAUAGCCACACAGCCAAGAUGGACCCACUGUGGCUACUGAGCAUACAUAGCAGGUAUGGCCGAGGAACUGAAUUUUCAGUUUUAUCUCGUUUUUUGUCCCCUGCCCCCCUCCUCCUCUGAGACAGAGUCUCUCUGUCUUAGAACUUUCUCUGUAGUCCAGGCUGGCCUCCAAAUCACAGAGCCUGCCUCUGCCUCUUGAGCUGGGAUUAAAGGUGUAUGCCACCACUGCCCAGUCAGUUUUAUUUAGUUUUAAUUAUUGAAAAAAAAUAGUGGUGGUUUUGUUUUUCCUUUUUAAAAGUACUGGGGUUCAUGGUAGGCAAGCACACUACCACUGAAUUGUAUUUAUACCCAACUUAUCUGAAUUGUAGGCAAGCAAGUGGCAUGCUUCCUGGACAGCAGAGCUAGAAGGGUCUUCCUGCUACUUCCCUCCGAAGGGUCAGGCAAGGACAGCUUGUGAGUGUGAGUGUGUGUGUGUGUGUGUGCUUGUGUGUGCGCACCAGUAGGAAAAUGUGGCUCUAGGGGCUGUUACUCUGGAAGCUUGGUUGUCUACUGUAAUUCAGACAUUGUGGGACAGCCCAGUGGUCACCAUAGUGACUGCUGUCUCAGGAGGACACAUCUCAGAAAAGCACCACAGUCCUCCACGGGCUGGAGACAGAAUGGAAACAGAUGAAACUGGAAGAGGCUUUGGCCAUCACGGGUGGCUGGGUUCACAGUGGUCCCUUCCUUCCGCGAUGGUCUAGCCGUCACUUUCUUUCCUGUCCUUCCCACCCUCCUCCCUUUCUUCUUCUUUUAAUCUAAUAGCCCCUCUUUCCUUUCAUCCCUCCCUCCUCCCCUCCAUUUCUCAUAUAGUUAUUUCCAUACAGUGUUAUAUAUAGGAGUAUGCAUAUAUAUACUUUUUUUUUUGAGACAAGGUCUCAUUACAUAGCUUCUGCUAGCCUUGAACUUGCUGUAUAAACCAGGCUGGCUUCAAACUUGGGAUGAACCCUUGUGCCUCUGCUCCUCAAGUGCCGGGAUCACAGCUCUGUCCGCACCAUUGCACCUGGCUGACACAUACAUACAACCUAGACUGUUAAAAUACAAUCUAGAUUCCUGUCCCACUAAACUCACAGAAGACCUGUUAGCCUUUCCAGGUUUGAGACUAGGUUUCCCCAGAUAGUCAGUGCCAAAAAAGAACCAUCCCUUCACGGUUUAAGAAACAGCUGAGCCAGAGGCAUUCCCAGGCCCCGAGCAAGAGGAGGAGAGAAGAAAGAAGUAACUGGAGGGUGCUGGGAUUCUAGUCCAACUUCCAGAAGGACUGACUGGCUCGAGACCUCUUGGGAUAGUAAAGUCCGGACCCAUAGUUGGAGGUAGGUCAAAUAUCAGUGUUCCCUUAGAACCCAUGGAUCUUGGAUGCUUUCUUGCUGAGUGGGUAUCAGAAGCCGGCACUGUCCAUAGAGUGAGGAGUUGCUCAGGGUCCUGCGAAACAGUUGCAGCUGCUAUUGAAACUCUAACUUCUUUUUUAAAAAAAAGAUGUAUUUAUUUUAUGUAUGUGAGUACACUGUAGCUGUAUAGAUGGUUGUGAGCCUUCAUGUGGUUUUUGGGAAUUGAAUUUUAGGACCUCUGCUCACUCUGGUCAACCCUGCUCAUUCCAGUUGGCCCUGCUUGCUCCAAUCAACUCCACUGGCUCAGUCCCUGCUUGUUCUGGCCCAAAGAUUUAUUUAUUAUUGUACACACUAUAGCUAGAAGAGGACAUAAGAUCUCAUUAUGGGUGGUUGUGAGCCACCAUGUGGUUGCUGGGAUUUGAACUCAGGACCUUUGGGAGAGCAGUCAGUGCUCUUACCCACUGAGCCAUUUCGCCAGCCCUUAACUUUUUUUUUUUUUUAAAGUAGGCAACCUCACAGUCUCUGCUUUAGACCCAGCUGUUGCCCCGUGUGCUGACUGGGCCACCUCACUUGCUCCUCAUUGCCUAACAGUGCAGCCUCACAGGGCACAGUAAUCAGGCGCAGGUGUGCAGCCCAGUGUGAUAGUCAACCUGCAGCAGAAGACACCAAAUGCAAAGAGUCUAUCCUGUGUGCACAGACACACAGCUUCUAUCGAGAGGUCUUCCUGUUGUUUCCCUAUGUAGCCCAGGUUGGCCUCAAGCUCUCUUUUGUCCUGCAGCAGUUUCUAAGUGCUGUGAUCACAGGGGCACCCACACACCUGGGCUGAAGGUCUUCAUCACCACGAUGCUUCCGAUCUUUCGUACUUUUUUCCAAAUAAGCCAACUGAUCGUCUUAUGGAGGUUGUUAAAAUCUGCCUUGUCUGUACAAUGAAAUAGUGCAUGCUGGUGAAAAAGAGAUAAGUAUUGUUAUGGAAGGAGCUUCAAGACCAAUUAAGUGAAAAAAAAUCAAAAUAUGGAUCAAUGUGUAACUAUUCUUACUGCUUGAGAGAAGAAAGUGUCUUCUUCUUUGUAUAUAUUUUCAUAAAUAAAAGCUACAUGGAGGCUCA